UAACAUUUAUCUUUAAGCAGAAUUUAUGUUAUGCAGUAUAAAGGUGCUCGAGGCUUCAAAUCGAUGAAAAUUUAAAAUUUUAAAAUUUUUUUAAAACAAAAAUGAACUUGUAUACUACGUGGAUAUGUAUUUUUUUCAUUAUUUGUCAAUAUUCUCUACCAGUUUAUUCGCAACCAGAGAAUCUGAAUCGCAGGUACAUACCUUCUGCAAUUAAUAUAAAUACCAAAAAUUUGAAGAAAUGUGCUGCUAGUGCAAUAUCAAGUCCAUUAUUUGUAACUGCAGUAGCGACUGCUGGAUCACUUGUGGUCAAUACAGGAUAUUCUGUUCAAACCACAAACCAAAUAAAAGAAGGUGCCAAUGCCACUGGGGGUGUUUUAGGAGAAGAUGGUUACAGUUUAGUCAACUUCUUGUAUUAUUGGGCUGGUAAUAAUUCUAAAGGAAUCACUGGAACUACAAUCGAUGGCAAAGGUUUCCCCUACGAAGCCAGAUUAUUCAACAAAAAUAAUAAAUAUGCUACAUUGGAAGAAGCUGUGGAACACAAGGAUGGUAUUUUCGAUUUUGUGUUCCUUUUCAAUAUCUGCUCGACUACGAAUUUAGUAUUCGAGAAGCUCAGUAAAAUAAUUCAGAGAGUGGCCAGAGCUGGAUCCUUUACACCUGCUUUUGUUGGAACUCAAAUCAUAUCUAUAGAUUUCAUACCUUUGAACUCACCUUAUUAUUCGUAUCGUGGCACGAUUCGAGAUGUUGACACAGGAAAGACUUACAAAUGUUCAACCGUCGUCGUUAUCAAACCUAAUCCUGGAUAUUGCAUUACUCAAAAACAGUUCGACGAGACAUUCGGUCCAUUGAAGAAUUUCCAAGGCAAGUCUUUUUCCAACACCUUGCCCCGUGAUCCUUCUCCAGGAAAAGUUUCGCUGUGCAAAGUUGUCACACAAAAAAUUUAUGUUUGACCUGUCUGUGAGACUUUUUUCAUCAUUCCAGCAGUUCUCAGCUGAAGUGAAACAUGAAUUGGCAAUAAACUCGACUUUUUGC